CAAGGUAUAACAAAAAUGUCAACAUGAGAUGCUUUUCUUAUCUAAAACUACUAUGUUUAUGUGUUUUACAUGCGGUUUUAUAUAAUUGUUUUAUUGUCGUCGGUGCUGGGGAUGGCGCCCCUCCACUUGAUGAAGACUAUUUGAUGGAUGAGACAAAUGACCAUCAGUAUGUGCCUCACACAGCUCUUGUCAAUUGUUCCUAUUUACCAUUAGAGUUUCUUAACUGCAGUGAGCCUGAAGAUUUAAAAGGAAAUACAACUGAACGAAAAAUACUUGGUUAUGGCUGUACUGAAUGGGGAAAUGAGCGCUAUGAAGAAGUUCAGAAAACCAGUGUCUGGUGUACAGUUCUCCCAGGAAUUGAGUGUUAUGGAAACAGAACAUUCCUCAAGGAUGGCUUCCCCUGUAUCAGGUACAAUGGCCACUAUUUUGUAACAACUUUGAUGUACUCUGUUCUCCUGGGAUUCCUGGGAAUGGACCGAUUUUGUCUUGGACAUACAGGCACAGCAGUAGGAAAGCUACUGACAAUCGGAGGAGUAGGUAUUUGGUGGAUCAUUGAUGUUAUCCUUCUAGUCACUGGCAUGUUGAAACCCGCAGAUGACAGCAACUGGGUACCUUAUUUCUGACUUGGAUAUCAUGACACAGCCUAAAAGUCAUGUGGAUGUGCAAGACAGAUCUUAUAAUACAGGAACAUCCAAAUAAAAGUGACCAGAUUUUGUCAAUCAGAAUUCACAAGACAAGAUGGAAGUUAUGAAAGGCAAUCAAAUUUCUUAAUGACAAUUCUGAGGGAAAAGCAAGCAGAUUUAUUAAUGAGAAUUGUGAAGGAAAAGCAAGCAGAUUUGUUUAUGAGAAUUCUGAAAGAGAAGCAAGCAGAUUUAUUAAUGAGAAUUCUGAAGGAAAAGCAAGCAGAUUGGUUCAUGAGAAUUCUGAUGGAAAGGCAACCAGGGGCCUAAUUCACGAAAUUCUCGCAACUUUGCGAUAUCGCAGUGCAGUGCUAAAAGACUUGCAAAGAGGAUGCUUUUUUGUCUAGCAGAGCCUAAGAAAGCUUUGUGAAUUAGGCCCCACAUUGGUUAAUGAAAAUUCUGAUGGAAAGGCAAGCAGAUUGGUUAACAAGAAUUUUGAAGGAAAAGCAAGCACAUUUUUUAGCUGAUAAGUUAUCUAAGACGAGAGAUUUAGUAAAUAGUAUUAGCAGGCAACAUGUACUACAGAAUUGAUGAAAGUUUUGUUAAAAUACAGACAUGGGGAAAAUUAGCCUGGUUUUCACUAUUGGUGUACAUUUUUCCUAACUUAGAGACAACACCAAAUAUUCUGUGACACAGCCUGUAGUGUUGAAGUUGUAAUUCAACAUUUCCAUAUACAUGUAUGAACUGAAUUUAACUUUGGAACAUAUAUUUAAUGUUACACCAUUACUUGGCUCAACAGCUAUCUGAAUAAUUAUGUUUACUGAGCCAUUAUUUCUAAAUUUGGCUGGCAAAUACAUGUACAUGUAUUACAGAUAUAUUUGCUAGGCUACCGAGUGGCUACUGGAUAUUCUGGUUCACGGGAGUUAAGGAGAAUCUAGAGUUAUAGUACUUGCAGAUUUUGUUCAUCUUAACAAGCUGCGAGUAAAUGACAAGUACGUUUUGUCCACCUUAUACGGGCGUAGGCUGGGGGGAGGGAGGGAUUCGGGUAGUGGUGUUAGCAGUAGCGAGUUCAUAUUUUAACACACACACACCGCCGGUUUUAGAGUUCCCCCGUUUCCGACACCUAUGCUUACGGUAUUGUCUUAUAAGUUAUGCAAUCGCUGUCGACUAGAAAGACAAAGACCAAGUAUGAGCAGGAAUGUCGUAAGAAAAGUCGGUACGGCCAUGAAAGCAAUGUAUAUGAUGAUAAUGCGAGCGCCACAGCAAGAGAAAAACAAACGUUCCUGGCCUAAAAAGCACCGGCCGUAUCGCCUCUGAUGAGUACGGGCUCUCUCUUUUUUUUCUUCUUCUUCUUUUUUUCUCUUUUUUGUUUUUUUUUGGUGGGGAAGGCUGUUUUUUCUCCCGAAUUAAACGAAAAUGCUCGAAUCCGGAUAACAACAUUUAUUCAU